CCGCCGCCCAUGCCGCCCUCCAGCCCGCAGGGGCCUCGCGGCAGCGGGUACGAACACUCCGUCAAGGACUAAGCGGCACCGCUGCCUCCUCGCUGGCUCCGCUCCGCUUCCUAGGGAAAGCCGAGACGCGAGAGCCGGGAGGGAGAAGGGAAGAGUGAGCAGAAGCGAGCGGAAAGUCGGGCUCUUGGCACCGCGGGACAGCACAGCCGGGAGGAGGCUGCGCCCGGAGCGGCGGGCGGAGCGCGCAGCGGCGCCGCCCGGUUGCGCCGAGCGCCGGGGCCCGGCGGCUGCGGAAAAGCUACUCGGUGCCCCGGGCCUCCCCGCGCACCUGCCCCGGGCGGUGCCCCCGACUCACUUGGCCCCCGGAGUUCCCUUCCCCAUCCCCGCCCCUGCAGCCGCAGCGGGGCUCCGCGGACCUGGAGCACAGCCGGGUCUAAUAUGCCCGGAGCCGAGGCGCGAUGAAGGAGAAGUCCAAGAAUGCGGCCAAGACCAGGAGGGAGAAGGAAAAUGGCGAGUUUUAUGAGCUGGCCAAGCUGCUCCCGCUGCCGUCGGCCAUCACCUCGCAGCUGGACAAGGCGUCUAUCAUCCGACUCACCACCAGCUACUUGAAGAUGCGGGCCGUCUUCCCCGAAGGUUUAGGAGACGCGUGGGGACAGCCAAGCCGCGCCGGGCCCCUGGACAGCGUCGCCAAGGAGCUGGGAUCGCACUUGCUUCAGACUUUGGAUGGAUUUGUUUUCGUGGUAGCAUCUGAUGGCAAAAUCAUGUAUAUAUCGGAAACAGCUUCUGUGCAUUUGGGCUUGUCGCAGGUGGAGCUCACCGGCAACAGCAUCUAUGAAUACAUCCAUCCUUCCGACCACGACGAGAUGACAGCCGUCCUAGCAGCCCACCAGCCCCUUCACCAUCACCUGCUCCAAGAGUAUGAGAUAGAGAGGUCAUUUUUCCUGCGGAUGAAGUGUGUCUUGGCGAAAAGAAACGCGGGCCUGACAUGCAGUGGAUACAAGGUCAUCCACUGCAGUGGCUACUUGAAGAUCAGGCAGUAUAUGCUGGACAUGUCCCAGUAUGACUCUUGCUACCAGAUCGUGGGGCUGGUGGCCGUGGGCCAGUCGCUGCCGCCCAGCGCUGUCACAGAGAUCAAGCUGCACAGUAACAUGUUCAUGUUCAGGGCCAGCCUCGACCUGAAGCUGAUCUUCCUGGAUUCCAGGGUGACCGAGCUGACCGGGUAUGAGCCGCAGGACCUGAUCGAGAAGACCCUCUACCAUCACGUGCACGGCUGUGACGUCUUCCACCUCCGCUACGCGCACCACCUCCUGCUGGUGAAGGGCCAGGUCACCACCAAGUACUACCGGCUGCUGUCCAAGCUGGGCGGCUGGGUGUGGGUGCAGAGCUACGCCACCGUCGUGCACAACAGCCGCUCGUCCCGGCCGCACUGCAUCGUGAGUGUCAAUUAUGUCCUCACGGAGAUCGAAUACAAGGAGCUGCAGCUGUCCCUGGACCAGGUGUCCACGUCCAAGUGCCAGGACUCCUGGAGGACUGCCUUGUCUACCUCACAAGAAACUAGGAAAUCAGCUAAACCCAAAAACACGAAGAUGAAGACAAAGCUGAGAACAAACCCUUACCCCUCACAGCAAUACAGCUCGUUCCAAAUGGACAAACUGGAAUGCAGCCAGCUGGGAAACUGGAGAGCCAGCCCCCCGGCAAACACCCCGGCACCCCCAGAACAGCAGCUCCAUUCAGAAAGCAGUGACCUUUUGUACGCCCCGUCCUACAGCCUGCCCUUCUCCUACCAUUAUGGACACUUCCCUCUGGACUCUCACGUCUUUAGCAGCAAAAAACCAAUGUUGCCAGCCAAAUUUGGGCAGCCCCAAGGAUCCCCGUGUGAGGUGGCACGCUUUUUCCUGAGCACCCUGCCAGCCAGUGGUGAAUGCCAGUGGCAUUACGCCAACCCCCUAGUGCCUAGCAGCCCGACUCCAGCUAAAAGCCUUUCUGAGUCGCCAGUGAACACUGCUCGGCACAGCCUUGUGCCAAACUACGAAGCGCCCGCCGCCGCCGCCGCGCGCAGGUUCGGCGAGGACACCGCGCCGCCGCCGCCACCGCCGCCGCCGCCGCCGCCGAGCUUCCCGAGCUGCGGCCACUACCGCGAGGAGCCCGCGCUGGGCCCGGCCAAGGCCGCCCGCCAGGCCGCCCGGGACGGGGCGCGGCUGGCGCUGACCCGCGCGGCGCCGGACUGCUGCGCGCCGCCGGCCCCCGAGCUCCCGGGCGCGCCUGCGCAGCUGCCCUUCGUGCUGCUCAACUACCACCGCGUGCUGGCCCGGCGCGGGCCGCUGGGGGGCGCUGCGCCCGGCGCACCCGCUCUGGCCGGCGGCCCCGGCGCCCCCGAGACGGCGGCCGGCGCGCUGCGGCCUCGGCCUUCCGGCCCCGCCGCCGCCUCGCCGCCCGGAGCGCCGCUGCCGCACUACCUGGGCGCCUCGGUCAUCAUCACCAACGGCAGGUGACGUCGCGCUGGGCUGCCCGCAGGGAGAAGCCAUAGGCCAGGCCUCGGGCUCCCGUUCUCCAGAGCGCAGCCGAGUGGCGAGGGGCGAGCUGCAGACGCACGGUUUAAAUUAAUUUAUGCAGAGACGACUAUUUUACUAGAACUCCGCGGCCGCCUUCUAGAUUUUUACGUAGAUCCCGCAAACGCCGGUGCAGGGGACUGCGGCGCGGCCCGAGGCCGGGGGAGAAAGGCCCGCCGGACCGUUGUCCUCCCAGAGCCGGGCCCCCAAGGGGCGGGGCUGAGCGCCCCCCGCGUCCCGCGUGUGACCUCAGACUACCCCGUCGGGGGGCGGACUCGGGUGCCCCACCUUGCCAUCGGGCUCGCGCGCCUCGCCUCGUCCCCGGUGCUCAGUAGCCGUCCCGCCGGGGGACCGCAGGAGCUCCCACCCCGCGGAGAGC